GAAGGGGAGCACGUCCGAGCUCCCACUGGCCACCACCAGGCCGGCCAUUGCCUCAUGUGGGCUUGCAAAGCCUGCAAGAGAAAAUCCACCACAAUGGAUCGGAGGAAGGCGGCCACCAUGAGGGAGAGGAGGAGGCUGAAGAAAGUGAACCAGGCUUUUGAGACCCUGAAGAGAUGCACCACCGCCAACCCCAACCAAAGACUCCCCAAAGUAGAGAUCCUGAGAAACGCCAUCAGAUACAUCGAGAGCCUCCAGGAGCUCUUGAGGGAACAGGUAGAAAACUACUAUCACCUGCCCGGACAGAGCU